UGUUUGUGGAAAUGGUUUGUGGUGUUGCUGUUGUGUAGUGGUCAAGCUACUGCCGAACAGUUAUGCUCCGAGGAAGAAUCGGUGGACUUCACUAACGCAACAAUGGAUGUAGAUGGAAAUAUUGACUACAAUGGUGUGCGCUACAAUUCUUCUCAAUAUUUUCAAGACGAAAAUGUGACACGAGGAUGCAUUUGCCUCGUGCGUCAAUGUAUAUACGUUUGCGAUGCUGAAAAUAUAACGCGUGUUGAGUUGACCGAGCUCUAUGCGAAUUUAUCCGACGCGACUGGUACGAACAUUUCCUUAAGCAAUCUAGCGACCCAUGAUCGGUUCCACUUGAUUUUGAAAGAACCGCACUGUGAGGGAGAUUGGUUGACUCUGGAGCAGCAUGAAGUGCUCAUCACAUUGAAAGGUGAUCUUGACCUGGAUAGCUACAUUUAUAACUACCCAAACUUUUGUAUGCUACCGAAGGACGAGAUGGACUAUUUUCAUGCAUCAUACUGUGAACCUGAAAUUAGUGAUUUACCACAUAUAAUAUAUGCCAUCGGCUUCCUAGUGUCUUUACCCUUUCUUGUGGUCACGUUUGUGGUGUACGCUAUUCUACCGGAGUUGCAGAACCUACCAGGCAUGUCAGUGAUGUGCUAUGUGGCAGCACUCGCGGUAUCAUAUUUAUUGUUGGCCUUGGGUCGAAUGGAUAUCUAUGACUACCAGUCCGUUAUGUGUAUGGUCACUGCAUAUACAUUAUACUUUACGAUGAUGGCCAGCUUCUUUUGGCUGAACAUCAUGUCCUUUGAUAUCUGCUGGACGUUCGGUGGAAGUCGUGGGCGGACGAGUGAACGGAGAAAGUUUCUGUAUUAUUCUCUGUACGCAUGGGGUGUACCGCUGCUACUUCUUUUGAUGAUUCUUCUCUUCGAUCAUACGGAGCUCAUAAGCUGGAAUCUUCGACCGAAUAUUGGCGAGGAAGGAUGUUUCCUCAAAGAAAAAAAGGUGACUCAGUUUAUAUACAUGUACUUACCGCUACUCUUAUUGGUCACUGCGAACAUAUACUUCUUCGCUAUCACCGCCAAACAUAUAUACGAAGCAGAGAAGGCAAAUAUUGUUAUGAUGAAAGGCAAUUCGAGGCGCUACUCGAAGUUUGAAAAGGAUCGAAGCAGAUUCGGACUAUAUUUGCGAUUGUUCACCAUCAUGGGUGUAACCUGGUCACUAUAAAUAGUAAGCUGGCUAGUGACUGAUCCGAAUACACCUUACCCGUCAUGGGUAGUAUACCUUCUGGACGUAUGCAACUGUCUUGCGGGCAUAGUAAUCUUUUUCCUGUUCGUCUGGAAGGAAAGAGUAAAGAAGCUGUUGGUUCAGCGAUUCGUCAGAACGGAAAGUAUCUCGAAAGACGAUUACACCGGGUUCACUAGAAGCAGUGCUCAAUCCGCUACACUGACCAGCAUGGAUCAACCUAACGAAUAUGUAUGA